AUGCUCAUAUCAAAUAAUAGUAAUAACACUGUUUACAAUUUUUGCAAACAUAAAAUUGAAAACUUUAUGACCAAUUAUGAGGCAUUUGAAUGCUUAAGUUGUACAGGUUUUUUGAAUACUAAUUUUAAUAACUAUGAUAAUAGUAUAUCAUACUUAAAAUAUUUAUUGGAAAUAUUACCAUAUAUCUUUGGCAAUCAAAGUGCAGCAGAUAAAUGUUUAAAAUAUAUUACCAGAAUAUCAAAUGGAAACAAAAAUAUGAGAAAUAAUCGUUUAGUUCUUCCUCAAAAUACUUAUAAUAAUUAUUCUCAAACAAAUAUACAAUAUAAUAUUUAUAAUAAUUUUCCAAGCAAUUCUUAUGGAUCUAGUUCAUAUAAUCCAUCCAUGUAUAAUAAUCAAUCAUCUUUUACAUAUAAUGGAAAUUUAAAUAGAAAUGUGAAUUAUCCAAUAAGCAAUUCUACAAAUACUGUAGGUAAUAAUUUUUCAACUACUAUACAAAAUGUUCCUCAAUCACUUCUUGAUAUUACAACUUAUCCUACCCCUCCACAAACAACAUUUAUGAGGGGUCAAAGUAGUACGAGACUUCCUAAUUGUCCUCCAAGUUAUCAUUCUAGUGUAAAUAAUAGUAAUUCAAUAGUUAGGAAAGUUUCACAACCUAAAAUAAUACAAAAAAAGUUGUUUUAUUAUAAUGAGAUAAAAGAGAUUUGUUCAUGGAAUCAGAAUUGUAAAAUUUCAAUGAUACCUGUUGUUAGAGGCAGAGAAGUAACAAAUAAAUAUUAUGAAUAUGCAUUUGAAAUAUCUAUUAGUUCAACUAUUUUAUCAUGUAUUAAAAAACCUAAAAAUAAUCAAUCAUUUGAUAUUCUUUUAAGAUCUGUUUCUCGCCCAGACAAAGAUGGUUUAUAUUCUGAUCAAUAUCCAUUAGAUAUGGAAUUUUUUACAGAAAAUAUUAAUUGUAGUGAUUUACUUCCAAGGGUAGAGGCAAAAUAUGCUUCAACUGAUAUUGGUCAACGUCUAUCUUAUCCAUCAAUAAUAACACCUGCAAUUAUUAAUAAAUCUAAAUCAUUUCCUUUAGUAGAAGGUGGUUUAGAAUGUUUUUACACAUUUCACUUUCGUAUUAGGUAUCCUACAUUUGCAAAAAGGCAAUCUAUGAUUGAAAAUGGUUUUUAUUUUUUUAAAUUUGUUUUUUGUUCAAAGAUUCCCACAGAAACUGUUAUGAAUAGAAUUCUUAAACAACCAAUGUUAGGAAAAGAAGCCUUUCUCAAAAAUAUUAUAGAAGAAUUUGAACGUGAUGAUGAAAUUGGAUGUGAAAGUGUAAUAGUUUCAUUACAAUCAUCUAUAACAAUGGCUAUUAUUAAGCAUCCAUUCAGGGGAAAAUAUUGUAAGCAUUUAAUUCCAGAUGAUUUAGAAGCUUACCUAAAACAAAAUGAGGGUAAUGAAAAAUUUGUUUGUAAAAUUUGUAAAAAUAAGUGUACUCCAGAUGACAUAAUCAUUGAUAGUUAUUUUCGUGAAAUAUUAGAAAAAAAUUCUAAAAUAACUAAAAUUGAAAUUUUAAAAAAUGGUGAAUAUAUUAUUAAGGAGAUUGAAGAUGAUGAAAUUGAUAAAGAUAAUAAAUUUUCCAAUAAUCAUUUAGAUAUUGAUGAAAUUAUUAUCAUUGAAAGCGGUAGUGAGGAUGAAAAUGAAAGUAACGUCACUAAAAAUUUAAAAUCAUUACCUAAAAAUGAAACUUUGAUUUCAAAUCAAGAAUCAUUUACAAAUGUAGUUUCUAAUAAAACUUUACAACAAGAUUCAGCUAAAAGUAAUAAUAUUUCUAAGAUAAAUAAUGUUCAUACAUUAAAUGAAUGUGGAGAUAAUUUAGUGAUAGAUGAAUCAAGAGAAAAUGUUAUUACUCCAAUUUCAAAUGAGAUUGAAAAUAUUGUGAUAUCAGAUGAAAUGGGGGAUGAUUUAGUAAUAGAUGAAUCAAUAGAAACUGAUAUUACUCCUAUAUCGAAAGAAGUUGAGAAUAUUUUUAUAUCGAGUGAACCAAUGGAAAUUGAAAAUAAUUUUAUACCAAGUGAGGUACUAGAAGUUGAGGAUGUUUCUUCAUUCAAUAAACCAAAGGAAGUUAGCAAAAUUAUUAUAUCAGAUAAACCAAUCCAACAGAUAAAAUUUACCAAUAAAAAUAAAUCAACUAUAUCUAGUGAAGCAAAUAUUACUCCUGAAAAUAAACUUUCAAACUUAUGUAUAGACCGUUCUAUAAAUGGAACGAAGAAUGGGGUUUCUGUAGAUAUAGAUGUAGAUACCAGUGGUGGUGUAGUUAUCAAUGAUUCUGAUGGUAAUACAAAAAAUAAUAAUGGGCAAAUUAAUAAAAGUUUAACUCAUACGUGUACAAAAAUAUAUGAUAAAGACAUAUUGAUUCCUAAGAAUAAGAAUUCUAAAACAAAUUCUACAGCAAUAAAUAGUCAAAGUAUUUUUGAAAUAAAUGACUUUGAAGAACUUGAUAUCAAUAAAUUUAAAAUUUCUAAAGAAUAUAUUGAAUUAAACAAAAGUCGAUUUAAAUUUGACAUUGAUCCUGGUGAUUUUCUUUUUUAA